AUGAAGGAACCAACUGACAAGAUAUCCAAAUUAAGAGAUAGCAGAUAUUGUGAGAUUUGUACUUUUUCAACAUCCAUAAAAGCCUCUCAACAUCCCCAUCAAGGGAGUGCCCAAGUAGCACAAACUCCGCCACCUCAACCCACUGUCACUAUGAAUAAUAAUAAUAAUAGUAAUAAUAAUAAUAACAAUGAUGCCGACGACAGUGUAGAAGAAGAAGAAGAAGAAAAAGAAGAAUUGGAAGAAGUAGAAGAAGAAAAACAAGUCAAUAGUGAUGGCAGUGUGAAAAGGGCAGAAGGGAUGGAAAGGCUUUGA